AUGGCAAAAUCAUAAAGAUCUAAGGUUAUGCGAAGAUGGAGAUCUCUCAAGAGAGAGCAUCUCCAAAAUGUGAAAGUCAAUUCAGAUCUUCAUGAUUUAAAUUAAAAAUUAGAGGCAACCAUACAAAAUGUAAAUUUAUUUUUUUACCUACUUUAGAGAUUUCAAAGACCCAUCCCACCAAAAAAUAAGUUUUUGCAUCCUAGCGAUCCAUCUGCCUAAAUUCCUAAAUUAAAACCAUAACCUAUUGUUGAUUUUAGAAGUUAAUCUUUGCCAUACACAGCCACUUAAUUUGUUGGGGCAAGAAGAAAGCCAGUUCAAGAAAUAGUUUUCAAGCCAGAACCAGAUGUUGAGGAAGAAAUUGAAAUGGAUGAUUAACCACAAAUUGAAUAGGUUCAACAUGACGAAGCAGAUGAUUUGAUUAAUGCAAUGGAGGGAGUCAGAGUCAAAUCUAAAAGAGAACUCAGAAGAGAAAAUAAAGCCAGGGCUAUGGAAGAAAUCAUUCCUUUAACAAAAAAUAAAUAAAUCAAAAAAAAUAGAAGAAAGGAAUAACCUGCAAGAAAAUCAAAAAAAUUAAUUACCUUUUGA